ACGUCAUCAUGCUCAGCUGACUGGCUGCGGCUCGCUUCUUGAGGGGAAAUGUUAUUGUUCUGUUUUGUUUUAGUCUUGCUCGAGUGAGCUUCGUUACAAGUCGCUGGUUAGUCAUUUAUUUAAAAAAAUGUAUGAGGCAUGUCGAGGGUGAAAUUGUAGUAAUUGUAGUGUACUUUUAGUAGCAAUGCUCGGUCACAACCAUGCAGUGGAAAACUUUUUCUCUCCUUGCCUCCCUCCUCCUCAUCAUAACCGAGACUUCAGCAACUUCACAUGUCAUCACAGUGGAUGUGGAGAAACCAGUAGGAGACCUUAAACACUUCUGGAGAAGCACUGGUUUCUGUCCUCCACUCCCUCACACUCAGGCCCACCAGUUUGACCUGAGCCUUGACCAGCAGCUGAACCUGGCUUAUGUGGGCUCAGUCCCCCAUGCAGGGAUCCAGCAGGUUAGGAUACACUGGAUGUUGGAGCUGGUCACUGCACAAGAUACUGGAGGACAACCGCAGUACAACUUCACUAAACUGGACCAGCUGAUUGAACUCUUGUGGAUCAAUGGACUCCAACCAGGAUUUGAACUGAUGGGCAGCGUCUCAAACUAUUUCACGGACUUUGAGGACAAAUCACAAGUGGUCGAGUGGAGAAAUCUGAUUUAUCUCAUAGCCAAAAGGUAUAUCGACAAGUACGGCCUGGGACGAGUUUCUCAGUGGAACUUCGAAACAUGGAAUGAGCCAAAUAACCAUGACUUUGACAAUGUCAGUGUCUCAAUACAAGGGUUCCUAAACUACUACGAUGCCUGUUCGGAGGGUCUGCAUGCUGCCAGCGACCUCCUGAGGUUUGGGGGUCCUGGAGACUCCUGUCACUCUCCCCCUCACUCACCGUACUGCUGGGCCAUGCUGCAGCACUGCUACAACGGCACCAACUACUUCACUGGAGAGACGGGGGUCAGGAUGGACUACAUCGCCCUACACAAAAAGGGAGGAGGUUACUCCUUGCCCAUCCUCCAGCAGGAGGUGCAGACGGUGAAGGAGAUCCAGGAGCGUUUCCCUCGGUUCCGCAGCCUCCCUGUUUACAACGAUGAGGCGGAUCCGCUGGUGGGCUGGUCCAGGCCUCAGGAGUGGAGAGCUGACAUGACCUAUGCUGCAAUGGUGGCAAAGGUAAUUCACCAACACCAGGACCUGCUGGUGUCAGACCCCAACAGCACACUCAACUACACCCUGCUGAGCAACGACAAUGCCUUCCUCAGCUACCACCCGCACCAAUUCACCCAGCGCACAUUGACCGCCCGCUUCCAGGUCAACAACACCCACCCACCUCACGUGCAGCUGAUCAGGAAGCCAGUCCUCACCAUCAUGGGCCUGCUGGCUUUGCUAGGAGAGACUCAGGUUCUGGCUCAGGUUUUGAGCUCGCCAGGAAACAAAAACAGCACUGUUGGAGUUUUGGCCAGCAGCCACAAGCCUGUAAUACCUGGAGGCUCAGACAGCUGGCAGGCAGCAGUGCUGGUGUACAACAGUGACGACAACAGCUCCUCCACCAACACUGAUGAUGUCACCGUGUCACUGAGAGGACUGGCUGCACAAACAGGUCUUGCGUAUGUCACAUAUUAUAUGGACAACAAUGUAACCAACCCGUACCUUCUGUGGCAGAGCAUGGGCAGCCCCGACUUCCCCACAGCACAACAGUUCAGAAGUCUCAGGAGCGUUCAGGACCCUCUUGUUGAUGGACCGUGGGAACUUCCUUCAGGGGACACUCUGACUCUGAAAGCCAAACUGUCUGUGCCCUCAGUCCUCCUCAUCCACAUUUGUGCCCAGCCCAAAACCCCACCAAACCAGGUGAAUGGAUUACGCUUCAUCAGGAUCACCAAAGGCCAAGUCCUGAUCGCCUGGUCAGACCACUGUGUCGAUUCAAAAUGCAUUAAGACAUUUGAAGUAGAAUUCUCCACGGACCAAAAAGAGUUCAGCAGAAUAAAUACUCAAGACACUAUUUUCACCUCUUGUGUUUAUUCACCUGUGGAUCAGGAGGUUGGAGGUCUGUACAGAGUCCGAGCUGUAGACUACUGGGGGAGACCGGGGCCAUACUCACUGCCAGAGAAGUAUUCAGAGGAGCUCUAGACCAAGGCCAGGACGUGCACUAUAUCAUUUAACAUCAAGUUUCAAACGGUUUUGUACACUGUAAAUACAUUUGAUAACAAUAAAUGUGCUGUUGAUGACGUUUUAUACAGUCUAUUGUGAAAAUUGAAGUUCUUGUUUAUCUCCUCAAUCAGAAUACUUACAUUUUUUAACAUGCGCUUUAUGGGCACUGAUCAGGGUGUCACUUUUUUGAGUAUUAAAUCACUGUUAUUUCAACAAGAUUGAGAUAAAAGUUACUUAAAACAGUUA